GUUCCGCUCCGCUCCUUUACCCCACAAACCGUACGUUCCCUCAGGCCAUUUAUCAACUCGUUUCUGCACCACGCGACAAAGCUACUCCUCCAAGCACAAUCAUCAAAAUGGCCAACCUGGGCAUUGUCGCGGCCGCUACGACACUCGUCGUUCUCAUCCUCACCUACGGUGUACCCCUCUUUCUGAAAGAGUACUUCCCCUGGCAGAGUCUGUACAAGCAGCGCCACGGAAGACCUACCGUGACUACAAAGUCGUACAAAGGGCGAACGGCGCUCAUCACCGGUGCGAAUGGAGCGUUUGGAUCUCGAGCGGCUAAGAUUUUUGCGCAGAGAGAUGUUGGGACGCUUGUGCUCGUUGAUGUGAGGGAUUGUAGUGGUGUGAAGGAGGAGAUUGAGAAGGAGUUGGGCGAAGCGGGCAAACCGGUGCCCAAGAUUCUGGUUUGGCAGGCUGAUUUGAUGACGUUUAAGGGAUGUCAGGAACUUGGGAGGAAGGCGAAGGAUUUGGAACAUUUGGAUCAUGUUUUGAUGACUGCGGGAAUUCUGGCGUUUAAUCGUCGUGAAUCGCCUGAAGGCUGGGAAACUUCCAUCCAAGUCAACUUCCUCUCCGGUGCACUCCUCUCUCUUCUGUUCCUCCCUCUCCUCAAGUCCUCCCCAUCCAACCCCUCCCCUCCCGUUCUCACCUUUGUCACGACCUUUGGCAUCUACCCCUCCUCCUUCACGAUGGGCGUACCCAAAAAGGGCUCUUACCUCAAGAAACUCAGCAACAACAAGGAAGGCAUGGAACAAGCUCAUCAAUACGGUCGCUCCAAGGGUCUUCUUCUCUACUGGGCCCGCGAACUCGCUUCUCGCGUCUCCGCCAUCCAAGCAACGGAGAAACUUCCCCACAAGGUCACCAUCAACAGCGCUGAUCCGGGUUCUGCAUGGACACCUCUUACGAACCCUAACCAAGCGAAGCUUAUCCCACGACUCAUCAUGAACUUUGGAGCGAGAGAUCCGCAGAUCUGUGCGACGGCUUUGGUCAAUGGUGUUUCGGCGACGGAGGAUGCUCACGGCAAGAUUAUGCAGGACUUCGAUACUGCUGACUAUCCUCCUUUCAUGGUGAGGAAGAGUGGCCGUGCGGCUCAGGCGCGUGUUUGGGAGGAGACGAGGGAGGAGCUUGAGGCGAAGGUCCCAGAGGUCAAGGCCAUCUUUGACAUGCUGGACCAGUAAAACCGCUGCGAUGAUCACAUUACGACAGCUUUGGGAUCAGGUAUUGCGUGUUGAGGCCAAGCAGUUGAGGAGGCGAUGAAGUGCAGAGCAUUGAAAUGGCCCGAUGGGGUAACAAUCCGCGGGAGACCAAAAGACAUUGCGCGUAUCUUGCAAGGGCUGCGGUGAUUCGACAGGCAUGGAAUAUGGCCUUGCUAGCGCUAGCGCAACUAAAGCAAAAUUGAAGUUUAAAAAUUAGUCUAAAUCGAAUACCGGUAUUUCGGCGCCCGCGCGAAACGGCAGUUAAUUCAUG